CUAUUACUUGUACAAUUGUUGUUCAUAUAGCCCCUCCUUCAUUUAUCCCUUCCUUUUAUCUAGCCCCAGGUUCCUUCCUUUUGUCCAUCAUUAUCCCAGUAUACCCCAGCGUUUGAGCGAGAAUAGACUCUUGUGUUACCCAUUCUUUUGAUUAUUUUUCUUUUUUCCUCUGUUAAGUCAUUAGACUUAUACGGUUACACGCCUGAAACGACGCGCCCUGAAGACAACCCUCGUUACCCCAGUAAAUAAUAUAUGAAUCGACUGUCCACUUGAACCCGAGAGCACGUUACCGCAAGCAACAUGGAACAAGACUUCCCAAUCCACCAAGCAUUCCCCUUCAGGAUGCAGAGGAACCGCUUAGCGGAACUCCUCACAGCAGAUGUAAUAGCUGCUGCAGGCUCAGCAUCACUGAUCACUCCGGCCGUCAUGAUUCUUGACCGACUUGUCGUGGAGAAGUCAUCACACAAUCAGCCCCUGUUGCCUGCGUUCCGCCGACACCUGUGGCUCUCCAUCACUCAGCCAGCGACCUUCCUUACAUCCCGCCCGAGCCUUCUAGUUUGGGGUCUCUACACCGCAACAUUCGCCGCAGCAAACGCUACAGAAACUGUCCUGGACCGAGUUUACCCUGAUGUCGACCACGCCAUUUCGGGAAUGGCGACGUUCCUCUCCACAUUCGUCGUCAACUCGUCCGUGGGCAUCUGGAAGGAUGUUAAAUUCGCUCAGCUCUUCGGUCACCCCCCAGCUGCAAAGCCUACCAACCCCAUCCCCAAUCCCACAGCCGUCUCCAAGGGCAGUUUCCUCCGCCGUUCCAUCCGUACCAUGCCACUAGCAACCUACUCGGCCUUCCUUCUACGUGACGGCCUCACCAUCUUCGGCUCCUUCAAUCUCCCCGCUGUGGUAUCCAGUUCAGUCCCCGACUGGAUCGCCUCCCGCGAAUACGCCAAGAUCCUGUUCGCUCAACUCGCCAUCCCGGCCUCCAUCCAGCUUGUCAGCACACCCAUCCACCUCCUCGGCCUAGACCUCUACAACCGACCGAUGCAGCUCCCCGCCCGCGACCGAAUCGCGCGGGUCAGCAGAGACUGGAUCGGCGCGUCCUUGACACGUAUGUGCCGGAUUAUUCCGGCAUUUGGCAUCGGUGGAUUCGCCAAUACUGAAGGACGGGCAUUCAUGCACCAACAACUCCAGCUAUGCGGGGAGGAGUAUGAAACCGAGGGCUGAGUUAAAUCCCUAUCUUAUCGCGAAGGCGAAAAAAAGAAAAACAAGAAAUAACUCAUGCUGCGAUGGGAUUGGCCCACCGGUUGAUGACGACCCACUCGGGAGUGGCAGUAAAUGACCGGAUCGGGUUCAACUGGUCCCUUACCCGGGCCCUAACCCUAAGUUUAUAUAUAAGCAUGCCGUACCCACCUCACUGACCGGGCCGGUUCCCAUGCGGUGAGGGGGAGAACGGACAACGCGGGUUCAUGACGAGAGAAUGAAUUCCUUUUGUUCUGGGAAUACUACUUGAGAUGGCGGGAUUUACCCGGUCCCCAUGCUUAGACCGAUGUGUGCCGGUGGUGGCUCCGAUUUUACCCCACUGGAUGAGUGUCCCCGCCCCGCUGGAACUGUUGAGACUUAUGAGAGCGCCUGUUUGUACAGAGAUAUAGCCGUUUUGUAUAUAGAGCGAGAUACCAGCUUUGUUAGCUAUGAAGAGCUUUUUAAGUACAGUCUUAUUCAUUUGUUCCAUUU